AUGUCUUCGCCGCUUAACAACCGGCCAUCGAGCUCAUUAUUAUCAGAGACCGUUCCUCCGCAAGCCGGCCCGUCAAAAACGUCAGGACCCGCCGGUUCCCAUCCUACCGGAUCCCAGUAUUCGUCAUCCCUCCAGCAAGUCAUUUCUCAGAAAGCCCUUUCUAGGUGGGACUCCCCGGCGCAAGCGCUGCUUCUGCAGUCCAAGUCCCCGCCGCUCUCGCCUGCGCUUGUCGCGAUCCCAAGCGCUGCUUCCCCGUUCUCCCCGCACACCCCCCCCGUGCCGAGGUUCGCGGCGAGCAAUGCGGCUGGUCGAUCGCAGCUGCCGCAUCUCGCGCUCCCCAGCCCGGAUCCGAAUCAGGGAAGCGCUGCUCGAGAUCAUCCCAUGACGGAAUGCAACGAAAUGGUUACCAUUGCGGAUGGCGAACAAGUAACUCUGAAAAAACAGGCGAAUCCGACUGAGCCGGUCGCAGCGGUGGGAAGAGAAAGCCAGCAGCUUUCCGCAACAUCCUCAGAACCGACGAAUCCUAUCGAUUGCACAAGCCCCAACGGCAAGCGGAAGCGCCAAGCCGAAUCGCGCGACUGCUGCGACGCGCAUUCGCCCCCAGCCCCGCCUGUUGCGGCGCCGGCGGCGGCCGCGGUGACGAGCGCAUCGGGAAGCGGUGCCGGCCUGAGCGGUCCAAUGGACACAGGAUCUGACGGCCAGCCGCCGGUAGAUACUCCGUCGAGAGACGUUGACCUCAAGCCGGCUCCUCUAAUGGAUUCGCCGUCGCCAGUGCAGCUAGCGCCACUGCUCAACUCUCCUCCCCUUCACUCGCACCAUCCAGAGCAGCAGCAGCAGCAGCAUUCUUAUAUCUACAGCGGCCCUGCACCUCAAUGCGCCGACGGCCCUCUCUGCACCUCCUGGAGCGCCAAGAAAAUCUGCAGCGAACUGCCGCUACAGCGGCAGAUUCAGUCGCAGAUUCAGUCGCAGAAUCAGUCGCAGAUUCAGUCGCAGGCACAAGCACCCUGCUCGACGAAUCCUAUGCAGCACCAAGCGCAACCCGCGCAGGGGCCGCCGCCUCCGCAGCAGCCGAAUCCGCCGACGAAUCAGCAGCCGAAUCUGCAGCAACAAUCCCAGCCGUUCGCGCCAGCACCGCCUUCAUUUCCCGCUAGCAGCGGCGGGGGCGACGGCGGCGGCGGGCGAUGGAAGCCAAUCCAGGGUCUCUCCUUCGCGGAAGCUUCCGUCGCUCCUCUUCCGCCUUCCGCGGAGAUCCACCAGCGGGCUGAAUCCGGACCGCCAGAGUCCAUGCUUGGGAGCUUUUCGCUCACGCACUCGUCGGCCAAGGCUAGUAAUAGGUCCGCCAUGCCGCCCAAGAAAGGCAACUUCAAGCGCAGCUUCAGCGCGCCGCGCCUCGCGCUCACUAAGGACGUCCUUCCCCCCCCGGACGGCGCGCCUCCGCCCUCCGCCAUGGAUGUCGACGGCGGCGGAGUCGGUUCCGCGGCGCUCGCGCCGGGCGGAAGGACGCCGCAGACUGGCGCACUGCGCGACCCCAGCUUUCCCCCUUCUCCCGCCCCCCAAUGGGGUGUGCCCCUGUCCCCCGGACCGCUUACUUUUCCGCCCUCCGCCGGCCAGCAACCGUCACCGAAGGCGUCCCCCGCUGCGGCGGUUAUGGCUGCGCCGCCCGUGGCGCCGUCUCCGCCGCUGCCUGCGACGAUAAUGUCACCGCGACUGCUGCCAGAGGGGUUGGGAUGGGUGGAUCGGCUCUCAAAUAUCGCGCACCGAAAGGUUACCGCUUUAUCCGCCGCUAAACCCGCCGCGGGCGCGGCUGCUGCUGCCGGCAGCCCCGCUGGUGGGGCUGGAAUGGCGGGGAGGGGCGCAAGCAGCAGGGGCGCGGGGGAGACCGGCGGAGCGGGGGAGCGGGUGAGCUGCGCGCCGAGCGAAUCAAACACGUACUUUACGGAUCCGGGGCGGAGUGGCACGCCUAGCAUGAGCGCCGCACCCAGCGUGACCUUGGGAAUGCCGAGCCAGAUGCAAGCGAGCCCGUCCGCCGUGAGCCACGUUAUCGGGAACGCCAAUAACGCGGAUGGCGCACCCCGCGGGAGAAACCAAGCGUAUGGGGCCAGGAACGAGUGUGGCAUGGGUGGGAUGAGUGAGGGAGGGGGUACGGUCAUGGAUGGGGUAGGCCCGGGAGGGAUGGACGUGGGUGGGGGGGUGUCGUCUCCUUACCGAGGAGGGAAUGCGCUGGGUCAGCCAAGGGGAUAUGGUGCUCCUCCCUUCCCAGGAGCGAUCAAUACUCCUGUCGCCUCUACCCCUCCGACCCAUCCCCGUCCCCCGCACUUCCACCUCUCCCCCGCGCCUCUCCCGCAUGCUGACGUGGACUACAUGAUGGGCGGGGGUGCGGAGAUGGUGGGUGCCACGUGGACGGACGCAGGGCUUGCUACAGUGCACGAUCUGGAGCUUCAGGAGUUAGAAGUGCUGGAAUGGUUGCCAGACAAUGAUGGCGGAAUGGGCGGCAGCAUGGGCGGCAUGGACGGCGCAGGCGGCAUGGGGGGAGAGGAGGAUUUCUUUUCCCCCCUGCAUGUCUCUGGUGGGGCAAUGGGUAUGGGCGGGAUGGGGGACGGUGAGCCUGCGUAUGGAUACCAGGCUGGUGGUGGGGAUGCCAGAGAAAGGGUGAAGGAAGAGGAUGGGGAAAGAAUUGGAAUGAGGAGCGAGUCACAGUGGGCUGCGCGUGGGGAUGGGGUUAGGAGACAGGAUGGGAAUAAGGAUGGGGAUGGGAAUGGGGAUGGCGAUGGGGAUGCUCUUGUGUGUGGAGGAGGGAUGGGUGGAGACGGCGAGGAGGAAGGGGGUGGUAUGGGCGAUACAGUGGUGGUGUGCCGAUCGGGGAGCAUGCUUCUGAGCGCUCCCAACACAACCGUUGCUGGUGGUGGUGUGUGGUGGUUCGGCGCUUGCGGUGGCGUGUGGUGGUUCAGCGUUGCUGGUGGUGGCGUGUGGCUGUUGGUGCAGCUCUGGCUGUGGCUGUGGUGUAUGGCUGGUGCAGCCCGAAGGGUGGCAUCUGGCUGUGCAGGGGGUGGCGUGUGGCUGGUGCGUCUUGAGUGGACCCCUGAGUCAGCGCUGGCUGUGGUGCGUGGAGUGCUGCAGACGCCACCGUCAUCAAAAGGGCAUGGGCAUGCGUACAUCAAGGCAUCACUGCACUCGAUCAAGUUCCCGUACGCACCGGUUCUCGGCGUCCUAAUAGGCAAAGUGCGCGGCGACAGCAGCGGCGGAGGAUCGGGGGGCAAGAAUGGCAGCGGAGGAGCGGCGGACGCGGAGAGCUCUGGCGGGAGCACGGGGAAGAUGGAGGUAGAGGUAGAAGACGCGGUGCCUUUAUUCCAUGGCUGCCUUCUGCUGCCGAUGCUGGAACUCGCGCUCAUGCAGGCUGAGGAGUACGCGGUAUCGCGCGGCAUGGUGGUGGUGGGCGUGUACGCAGCCAACGAGCGUGUGGACGCGCCAGAGCUGGCCCCAGGCACGAGGCGCGUGGCGGACUGCGUUGCCAAGCACUGCCCGCCCGCCUGCUGCCUGCUCCUAGACCCCAAGGUGAUGCAGCAGCUGCUGGGAACAGGCACGGGUGGGCAAGCAGGAGCGGCAGGAGAAGCAGAGUCAAAAUCCGCAGCACCAGUGGAGGCUCACCAUGCAUUCAAGCUGUACACGUGUGAUUCGGCCCGUGUGUGGCGCUAUCAAAAGCCGGCUGUAGCAGGGGGGAGCACAAGUGCAGCAACGAUGCGUGUGCGGCCGGCGACAGUGGCCGGCAUUCUUCAGAGCUAUCUGGAGGAGGGGCGGCAGUGGCGACUAUGCGAUUUUGAAGAGCACCUGGAUGACGUGUCGAGGGAUUGGCGAAAUAUUGAAGUAAUGGACGGGAAGAGAUCGCAUGUGUUUAGUGGGCUGUUCGCCAUAGGCCUGCUAUCCUAUGUUCCUUGGUACUACAUGACGGCAGGCAAGAAGCAGCUGUCGCAUUCAGACUACAUGGCCAUGCAGGAGAAGGAGAGGAUGAGGAAGCAGCGCUUCUCCACUGCUCCUGUCCACGAUGACCCUCCUGCUGCUGCUGCACCGUCCCCGGCCUCAUCCCAAUAG